AUGCUGAAACUCUGCCACAGGUAAACUUCCCCCUCUGCGCGGUGACGUCAAAGGGAUGGGCGGGUCACAUGGUCCAGUACAGAGAAACCUGCGGUUUAAUGUUACUGAAAUGGGAGAAACAAGAAGUGGGGAACGAAGCAAAGUGAAUAAGAAGACUGCUGUGGUUCCUGGAGUUGACUGUACCCCAUUUGCUUCAAGGUGAUUCUGCGUUCAUACAAGGUUUGCAUACUGACCUGCAAGCCAAUGUAAGUCGUGUUGAGUGACUGCGUGUGAAAGAGGGACCAUCAGCAUCCUCAUGUCCUAUGGAGGAGGUUACCACGGACGCACUGAGCGUGUCCGCCAGUCGCCGUUUUAUGACCAGGUUCCCCAUGAGACCUUACCCCUGGCCGAGUCGUACGACCUGCAGCCCCUGAGGGAGCAGAGUUCCCCCCAUCUGGCCAAGAGCGCCGACCCUCUCCCUCCUCCGCCUCUGCCGGACCAGCCCCCCGUUGGCCCCGAGUUCGACCCCAGCAACAGCGAGCAGGACACCGACCCUGAGGCGGACCCCGCCAUCGACAUCAAGCCAGUCCACCGGUUCAUCCCCGACUCCUGGAAGAACUUCUUCCGAGGGAGCAACCGCAGCAGCAAGAAGGCGUGGUCCAUGCCCGAGUCCUCCAGCAACAACAACAACAGCACCACAGAGGGGGUGCGUUGCUCCCCACCACACUCCCCGUCCCUCCCCGGAUCCUACCGGGACCCGUACGGCGGCUCCGGGAGCAGCUACAACUCCGCCAAGGAGCUUCUAAACGGACAGGACACCCAUGGGUCAGUGUCGGGCCGCACACAGCACACAGCUCUGACCUACAGCGAGCGGGUGGAGGAGUACCACCAGCGUUAUGGCUACAUGAAGUCGUGGGCGGGGCUACUGAGGAUCCUGGGCUGCGUGGAGCUGCUGCUGGGGGCCGCUGUGUUCGCCUGCGUCUGCGCUUACAUUCACAAAGACAAUGAGUGGUUCAACAUGUUCGGCUACUCUUCUCCUGGAGGAGGGUACGGAGGAGGAUAUGGAGGAAUGUAUGGCGGAUCGUACUACUCCGGGCCCAAGACUCCGUUUGUUCUGGUGGUGGCGGGACUGGCCUGGCUGGUGACUGUAAUCCUGCUGGUGCUGGGGAUGACCAUGUACUACCGCACCAUCCUGCUGGACUCCAACUGGUGGCCUCUGACCGAGUUUGUGUUAAACCUGGCUCUGGCCAUACUGUACAUGGCGGCAGCCAUCGUCUAUGUCACAGAUACCAAUCGUGGAGGUCUCUGCUCCAACCCGGGCUUCAACAACCCAAUAAACGGGGCCUUCUGCAGAGUAGAAGCCGGUCAGACCGCCGCCAUCAUCUUCCUCUUUGUCACCAUGGUCGUGUAUCUGAUUGGGGCCAUCGUUUGUCUCAAGCUGUGGAGGCACGAGGCCGCCCGCAGGUACCAGGAGCAGUACGGCCAGCAGAUGGUGCCUUCUGAUAUGCAUGUUGUGCAGUCACUUGCGGUUCCAGAUUCUGCUCCGGCCCCCAGAUUCCCGGAACAGGUCCAAGGCUCCUCAGUCGUUCCCAUCCAAGCUGCACCCAAACCACUUCCUCCAAAGGUCAUUCAGGGAGCCAUACCGUCGGGUCAUAUCCCCAAGCCGGUCAUUGUGCCUGAUUAUCUUGCAAAGUACCCAGUGAUCCGGUCCGAUGAAGAGCGGGACCAGUACCGAGCCGUGUUCAACGACCAGUACGCAGAGUACAAGGAGCUCCACGCCGACGUGCAGGCCACGCUGAAGAAGUUUGAUGAGAUGGACACCAUGAUGCGCAGUCUGCCUCAGAACCCCAGCACCCAAAUGGAGGUGGAGCGCAUCAACAGGAUCCUGCAGGAGUAUCAGAAGAAGAAAAAUGACCCGACUUUCCUGGAGAAGAAGGAGCGUUGCGAGUAUCUGAAGAGCAAACUGUCGCACAUCAAACAGAGGAUACAGGAAUACGACAAAGUCAUGGAGUGGAACGACGGAUACAGCUAAAGCUAGAGCUGCUGUCUGCGGCAGAGCGACUCCAGUGGUGAAGAUGGGACUAAAGAGGCAAACGAAGCCCGAUUAAAACUGAAAAAGGACGCUAACAGCUACUGAGGCUUUUUUUUAUAAAUCUGUUGUCUGUGGGAAAUGAAAAGGGCAAACAUGCUUCAUCAAUCCUGAAGAUGAUCAGAUUGGUUUUCAUGUGAUCAGGUGAUCUGUUAGCCUUCUCAAAGCAGCUGGUCGCCACGGUUACAAGUAACGGUAAACAAAAUCUCCACAUCAGCACUUCUCGGAGCUUUUCUUCACUACAGUCAACUCGUUGAGUUAUUCAAAUACAUUUCACCACACUGUAGCGCACAUAAAGUUACACACCGCGUGUCUGUGAAGACUUCAAAUUAGAUUUAAUGAUAUUGUGCCUGGUAGCACUCCAAAGUGUCUGCUUUAUUUCAGAUUAGGAGAGAUCGGGACUUGAUUUUCCCCAUUUAAUUUUUUUUUUAACAAUUUCAAUGAGCAAAGUUCAAUAUGAGAAGAUGUAGCAGCCUUCCAAUUACAUUUUUUUAUGACUUCCCACAGUAAACAUGAUUUAUUUGUGCUGGGAAGAGAAGUGACGUCACAGUACUGCAAAUCAGGUAGAUGUUUUCAAGCAAAGUUAAAAUGAUCACAGAGUUGGUAUGGAAACUUUUUUUUGGUUACCAUUAUAACUAACCAGCUGUCUUCAGUUUGUCAUGCAGCAUAAUAUAGUGCUGAUGGAGAUACACUUUCUGUAAAUUUCAUUCCUUUUUUCACUUAAAAAUAAAAAAAUUGACCAAUUUAUAUCUUCUUAAAUAAAAAAAAUCUCUUGCUAGCCAUUUUUAUUGCUUACAUUUUAACAUGAUAGUACCAGUGAGAAGAAUCCCUUAUAUUAAAUUUGACUAAAUACUGCAAGUUUUUUUUUGUUUUUUUGCUGGGAAUACACUAAAAUAUUUUUUUAGACCAACAAAGUAGAAAAUAUUCAACCCAAAAAGUUUGUGAACCGUACAUCGUUCUUUUACUACGUAAAACAUCUCUAUUUCAAACCGCCGAUGGUUUCUUUUCUACCCUAUUUCAGUUAAAAAUUGCGAGUUUGAUUUAUUCCUAAACAGUUAAAAACUAAAGAAUUCACUAUAAAAUGUUUUUAUUACAAACAUAAUAAAAUAAUAGCCAAUGAGUAAUUUUAUCUUGGUGAUUUUGUUCCCCAGUGGAAAAAGUUUGGACAGUAGAGAAAGUAGAUCCUCAUCUUAUGAUUUCUAAAAUGGCCACCAAUGUUUCCAAGUUCACAAUAAACUUCAUUGUAGUAAGUUCAACCUUCCUGUAAUCCAUGUUGAAGUUAAAUUUCAAUGGUAAUAAAGAAUGAGCAGAAAAAUAAGGAAUACUAAGGCCAAAAAAAGAAAUCUAUGGGAAAAAACCAUUUAAUUUAAAUGUGGUGGUGUGUUUUUUUUUGUUUUGUUUUUUAUUGUUGUUUUGUUUUUGUUUUUUGCAGCUGUGAAAUCUGACUUGUUUUGAGGCAAAGCUUUUCUCAGGGUAUAAUAAACUGAAAUAGUUCUGAUAGGAAGAAUUGGUUUGUUUCAAAGUCCACCCCUGCACUGUGUGUGUGCGUGUCCUUGGGUGUGAACAAAUGUGAGGAAAAACCACAAGCUCUUUGUUUAAAAGUGGUCUGAAUAUGCAAUGAAUUAUAUAGAUAUAUAUAAAACACUGUAGGACUGAUUGCAAAUGUAGCCAAACCUUAAAAUUUCACGACACGCACUGCUGUCAGGUGAAAAUGUUUGCGCUGAAUCACUGAGAUCUUUAAAAAAAAAAAAAGUUUGCCUUAUUACUGUCACUGGUUAUCUCUUCAUUUCUGUGGCAGAGUUUGUGUUGUCUAUUUAAAAAAAGUCCUGAAAACUUUUAACUUCUGGGAGGACUGUUUUUACUGCUACACUGUCCCUUUUUUAAUGCAGCUCUGUCUUUUAAUGAGAAAUAUAUAUGUAUAUUGAACGUUUGAUGUCUAAUGCUGUUCUACCAUUUCAUAGAAUAAUAAUAAAUGUUUUGUUGUUUUUCACUUAAAAAUAUCUUGCUUAUCUAGAUUUCUGUUCUUUUAACAUUUUAAGCAUCUAUAGUUUUCUUUUUUAAAUGUUUAAAUGAAAAUGUAACUAUGUAAUGAUAAUGUGCGGUUCUCUAAUUAAAGUAACCACGUGAUGCCUUUA